AUGCUGGCCCUGUGAGUUUUCAAACUUUUUCAAUAGCAGUGAGAUGAAUAUGAAACAUUUGAGUUUUGAUUGACUUUAAUUUCAAAUUCUUUUUUUCCAGAAUCAAAAUCUGUUGUUUUUAAUCCCUCAUUUUUAACCAUGUGUAGUAAGAGGUAAUAAUAAAACUUCGAAACUGGAUUUCCAGUUCUUUUGAUUAUAAAUUCUACUUCAUUUACAAAUACGAAUUUAUCGGUUUUUAGAAACAUAAUAAUAAUAAUUUUUAUCGAUUUUUUUGAAUCGUAAUAAAUAUUAUACUCGAAAAAAAUAACGUUCAUUGGAUGAGUAAAAACGAAAAAAAGAGAUGUUCCAUGUUCAUCAUUUUAGGAGAAUGAAACCUGAAAAAAACAACACGUAUUUCCAUUUUUAAAUUUUGAGAAAAAAACGUAGAAAUUUUAAAAAAACUGUGUUUCCAGAAAUUCUGGAUGGGAUGGUGAUCAAAAAAACACAUUUUUUUCAUUUAGGAAUGAUCCUGUUUUUUUCAGUUAUCUUGGACGGGAUGGUAAUGCUCGCGUGAUCUCCGACUUCUUCGUGAGGAAUCGCAGCACCGAAGUCAGACAAAACGGUGAGUUUUACAGAAAUACUUAUUCUUUUUCACAAUCUUGAAAAUUAUUUUUUUUUCAUUGCUUCGAAAUAAUUCCUCUUCUUUCAGAAAAUGAAAAAAAAGAGACAGAAACCGCAGUGCUGGGUUGCGGACACGGGCAUUUUGUCGUGAAGGAGCGCGCUUAUCUUCUUAUUGGCUGUGGAGACUUUCAGGUUUUUUUUUUUAAUUUCGGAUUUUACACUUUCGAAAUAGCGUUUUAUUGAGAUUUUUCGGAGAAGAAUUUGGAAGAAAAAGAUGAAAGUGCGCACUUUUUUUACCACGAUCGAAAAAAAUGAGAAUAAAAAAAAUAAAAAAAGCAAAAUGCAUUAAUUUUUUUGAUGCGAAAAAUUGAUUUUUUUUUUCAACUCAAGAGUUUUUUUCAGUCAUUGUGGUGGGGAUGGUGAUGGGACACCAUCUAGUGGCCGGAGGGCCACUACCAUUUUGUCCUUCCGGCACAACAACAACAAGAGAUGCCGUUCGGACAAGUUCCGGUAAGUUUCUUUCAGUCAGAAAAUUGAUUCAUUCAUCAUUUUGAUUUUUUUUUUGGCGAAAAUUAAUUUUUUUUUUCAACUCAAGAGUUUUUUUCAGUCAUUGUGGUGGGGAUGGUGAUGGGACACCAUCUAGUGGCCGGAGGGCCACUACCAUUUUGUCCUUCCGGCACAACAACAACAGAUGCCGUUCGGACAACGACCUGUAAGUUUUUUUCAGUCAGAAAAAUUGAUUCAUUCAUCAUUUUGAUUUUUUUGGCGAAAAUUAAUUAUUUUUUCAACUCAAGAGUUUUUUUCAGCCAUUGUGGUUGGGAUGGUGAUGGGACACCAUCUAGUGGCCGGAGGGCCACUACCAUUUUGUCCUUCCGGCACAACAACAACAGAUGCCGUUCGGACAACGACCUGUAAGUUUUUUUCAGUCAGAAAAUUGAUUCAUUCAUCAUUUUGAUUUUUUUGGCGAAAAUUAAUUUUUUUUUUCAACUCAAGAGUUUUUUUCAGCCAUUGUGGUGGGGAUGGUGAUGGGACACCAUCUAGUGGCCGGAGGGCCACUACCAUUUUGUCCUUCCGGCACAACAACAACAGAUGCCGUUCGGACAAGUUCCGGUAAGUUUCUUUCAGUCAGAAAAUUGAUUCAUUCAUCAUUUUGAUUUUUUUUUUGGCGAAAAUUAAUUAUUUUUUUCAACUCAAGAGUUUUUUUCAGUCAUUGUGGUGGGGAUGGUGAUGGGACACCAUCUAGUGGCCGGAGGGCCACUACCAUUUUGUCCUUCCGGCACAACAACAACAGAUGCCGUUCGGACAACGACCUGUAAGUUUUUUUCAGUCAGAAAAAUUGAUUCAUUCAUCAUUUUGAUUUUUUUGGCGACAAUUAAUUAUUUUUCAACUAAAGAGUUUUUUUCAGCCAUUGUGGUUGGGAUGGUGAUGGGACACCAUCUAGUGGCCGGAGGGCCACUACCAUUUUGUCCUUCCUGCACAACAACAACAGAUGCCGUUCGGACAACGACCUGUAAGUUUUUUUCAGUCAGAAAAAUUGAUUCAUUCAUCAUUUUUGAUUUUUUUGGCGAAAAAUUAUUUAUUUUUCAACUAAAGAGUUUUUUUCAGCCAUUGUGGUUGGGAUGGUGAUGGGACACCAUCUAGUGGCCGAAGGGCCACUACCAUUUUGUCCUUCCGGCACAACAACAACAGAUGCCGUUCGGACAACGACCUGUAAGUUUUUUUCAGUCAGAAAAUUGAUUCAUUCAUCAUUUUGAUUUUUUUUGGCGACAAUUAAUUAUUUUUUUUUUCAACUAAAGAGUUUUUUUCAGCCAUUGUGGUUGGGAUGGUGAUGGGACACCAUCUAGUGGCCGGAGGGCCACUACCAUUUUGUCCUUCCGGCACAACACCAACAGAUGCCGUUCGGACAACGACCUGUAAGUUUUUUUCAGUCAGAAAAAUGAUUCAUUCAUCAUUUUGAUUUUUUUUUGGCGAAAAUUAUUUAUUUUUUUUUUCAACUCAAGAGUUUUUUUUAGCCAUUGUGGUUGGGAUGGUGAUGGGACACCAUCUAGUGGCCGGAGGGCCACUACCAUUUUGUCCUUCCGGCACAACAACAACAGAUGCCGUUCGGACAACGACCUGUAAGUUUUUUUCAGUCAGAAAAUUGAUUCAUUCAUCAUUUUGAUUUUUUUUUGGCGAAAAUUAUUUAUUUUUUUUUUCAACUCAAGAGUUUUUUUCAGCCAUUGUGGUUGGGAUGGUGAUGGGACACCAUCUAGUGGCCGUAGGGCCACUACUAUUCUGUCCUUCCGGCACAACAACAACAAGAGAUGCAGUUCGGACAAGUUCCUGUAAGUUUUUCUUGCCAAACACUUGAAAAAUAGUCGAAAUAAAUUCAGCGAUGCUGGUCGGGGUGGUAAUCGACCACCGAUUGAUCUACGCCAGAAAGAAACAGAGAAGUGAGUUUUCCGAACAAGAAAGAUGUUCAAUGAGUGAGAAAUUCAAGAAAAUAGAUUUUUUCUUCUUCAAAAAACUAAGGAAAACAUUCAAAGGUUAUCCUGUGUAUCUAAGUAAUUUUUUGCAGAGAUCUUGGAGGGGGUAGUGAUCAACUACCAAUUGAAACAACGACAACCUGGCGAUCAACAGAAAGAAUUUUGA